GUAUACGUCGAACCUACAGUCACUGAGCUCUCUCUCUCUGGUUAACGUAACUGUCAAUUCAGACCGCAGUCUUCGAUAAUUGUAAUUGACAAAACGUACCUGGAGUUCGAAGAUGACGCGUCAACGUUACCCUAGCUCUCUAUUGUUACUGAUAUUAUUCGCGGAAUUUUGUACAUCAACCAGUGUUUCCUUUGUUAAUAAUACCGAGACCCGCUCAAAACGAGAGCUGGACAAAGUUGUAGGUCCGUAUAAAUAUCUAAUUUUUCCACAAGGCAGCAACGUUCAGUUAAUUUAUUGCAUGACGAUCGGAACCUAUGCACGACCCCAAGGUAUAUUCACGAUGGGUGUUACCGCCGGUUUGGCCUGGGAAUUGCCGCACAGAGAGAGCGUAGCUUUCAGAAAACCAGCCGAAGUUUACCACCGCAGAAGUAGACGAGAAUUGUAUCCGAAGAUAGAGAUGAUGCUGAAGGCACAAGGCAAGGACGGCAGGGCUUGCGUUCUCAAAGCGCUCUGUAGGGCGGGAAAAAGAAAUGCUACAGAAAUCGGAAAGGGAUCUUUUAUGCAGGAAAUAAUGCACUCGAUAUUCACAUUACCGCCAGGAUCGUUUCACGAGGAUCCCAAAACCCGGUAUGAAAAAGCACACUUGGACUCGGAUAAGGACUGCGACCAACUGUAUCCCACUUGUCUCGAGAACAUAUGAGGAAAGAUAUUUUUUCGGAAUUCCGAAUCUCACAACGCUCUCCAAGGCCACUUUUCGUUUGUCCGAAGAUCGUAUUGUGUGUAGCAACGAAAAAACUAAAAAUAAAAAACCAAAAUAUAAUAAGGCAGGAUCAAAAAUAACAAAUUUUGCACCACUUCGUAACCUUUUAGCGAAGCAUGAGAAAUACAACAAGCUGCCAAUACAAUCUCUUAA